CUUAUUUGGGCGCCAGUACCUUAUCCGAAUUUCAAUCUGCGGAAAAUGUUGAAAAUGGCUUCUCCUUCGCAUUUGCAUCCCUGCUCUGCUCAGUUUCUGCAGCAACAAUAUCUGUGGGGUUCGAAGCACGGGGCUUUUCCAUCAACUGUGUUCCUCAUUAAUAAGGAUUUACCGUUGAACGCUCCCAAGCUCCGGUUAAAAGCCGUUGAUGGAUCCUCCGGUGAUGGCCUGCCGGACGGAAACACUCUUUCCAAGGCCACCCACAAUACUCAAGAUACUAAAACAAAGAGCAUCGUGUGUGAUGAUUGUGAUGGAAAUGGGGCAAUAUUGUGUUCACAAUGCAAAGGGAGUAGUUUAAACUCGGUCGACCAUUUCAAUGGGCAGUUCAAAGCUGGUCAACUGUGCUGGCUUUGCCGAGGUAAGAAGGAGAUUCUAUGCGGAAACUGCAAUGGAGCUGGCUUUAUUGGUGGAUUUAUGAGCACUUUUGAUGAAUGAAUGGAAAUUACGUUUGGAAUGACUAGGGGUGCUCCGUGUACCACCAAACAGGCCAAUAUUGCAUGAAGCACAAGUACAAUGCAGUGGAUGGCUGGUGAAAUUAAGUUUGGGUCGUCAUUCGUUCCUUUUGAAAUAAUUAUUGAAUGAAUUAUAUGUGGGGAUGGAUUUUCCUCUUGCACAUGCAGUAAUAUGUCUUUCCUCCCUUCAGAUAUGCAAAUGCGAACUCACUUCCUUAUUAAUACUCUGUACUAUAUAAAUAAGGAUAUUUAAUGACUGAAGCAGAGAAAGAAAG